AAUACUGAUAUUAAAGAAUUACCCGAUACGAUUUGCACUCUAUACAAUUUGCAGACUCUCCUGUUAGAAUAUUGCACACAUCUUUAUCGGUUGUCUAGUUCAAUCGGCAAUUUGAAGCACCUAAGAUACUUGAAGUUGUCAGCGUGCCGUAACAUCAAAGAGAUACCUGAUGGAUUGUGUAAUUUGAACAAUCUGCAUUAUCUGGGAUUGAGGAAUUGCAAUUCUCUUUCUCGUUUACCAACCGAUAUGUCAAGAAUGAUCAACCUGCGUUAUCUGUACUUUUUCAAUAUUGGGGUGAGAGAGAUGCCACCACAAAUGUGCAAAUUGAAACAUUUGCAACAUUUAUCCCCUGCCUUUCUUGUAGACAAAAAUGGUGGGUGUAAUAUUAGAGAGUUGGGUAAUCUUCAAGAUCUGCGUGGUUUUUUUGGGAUAAAAAAUCUUGAAAGUAUAGUGAAUGUUGGAGAUGUUAGGGAGGCCAAAUUGAAAGAUAAAAAGCGUAUUACAGUGGUGGAAUUAGAGUGGUGUGGUGAAACGGAUGAUUCAGAGAAAGCACGAGAGGUACUUGAGGCGCUUCAACCUAACACAAAUGUCCAAAACCUAAAAAUUUUGAAUUACAAGGGUACAAGCUUUCCGAGUUGGAUAGGGCAUCAUUCAUUCAGUCAAAUAGUAUAUCUGUCUCUAUCUGGAUGUAGUAAUUGUUAUUUGCUGCCGCCACUUGGACAGCUACCUUCCCUGAAAGAUCUUGAACUUCGGGGAUUUGAAAUGGUGGAGAGAAUAGGUGAUGAAUUUUGUUAUUCCUGCAGCAGCGGUAGUAUUGGUUCUUCUUCCAUGACUAAUGCACCAGUACUAGUACCAUUCAAGUCCUUGGAAUCUUUACGCCUCAAGGAUUUCAGUGAAUUAAGAGAAUGGAAGGAGUGGUCAUUAAUGAUGGGAGGUGAUGUUGGAGGAGGAGAAGGUACUAGAGCUUUCCCAUUACUCAAAACGCUUAAAUUAUCAGGUUGUCCGAAGAUAAAUGAGGACAGCUUUCCUUCUAGUUUUCCAUCCUCCACAACUCUUCUAAUCAGGGAGGGAUGCCAACAACUGGUGGCUUCGCUCCAAAGUCAUCAACCUCCACGGCUGGGUGAAUUGCUGCUACAUAAUGCAGACGUGGUGUCAUUUCCACCACAAGAUGGAUUGCCCUCCAAUAUCCAUACAAUUUUAAUUUUUGGAUGUGACAAACUGAAGUCACUUGCGAAACAGGGAUGGCCGUCAAAUUUGAAAUCGCUUCGUAUUGAAAGUUGCAAAAACCUGUUGGUGGACGUAGAUUCAUUUCCGGAGGAAGGGCAACUUCCCACAACUCUGACUCGUCUUAAGCUUGUAUAUGUUGAAAAGCUUAAAUCAUUAAAUGGAAAGGCUCUUCGAGACCUGGUCUGCCUUGAACGACUCAGCAUUAAACAUUGCCAUCAGCUGCUGCGCUUGCCAGAAGAAAGGCUACCCGAUUCUCUUUCUCGUUUGACCAUCACAAGCUCUAUUGGUCGGCUAGCCUACAGGUGCAAGAGAGAUACAGGGGAAGAUUGGCCAAAAAUUGCUCACAUCCCUCGCAUCAAAGUUGUUAAACUUCCUUGAUUCAAGAUUCGGAUGAAGAGUAGUUUUAAUGAACAUGUCCCUCUUUAGGUAAUUUACAUAUAUAUAUAUAUAUAUUAUUGUUGACAUUUUGCUUCAACUUUUUCUUUUACAAAAGUUUUACUUUUAGAUGAAUGUUAUGUCAUCUCUUCACUUAUUUUAAACAAUAAUGUUACGAUACCAAUUUGUCAAACAUUAAUAUAUUCGACACACAAUUUUCCAUAUAUCAUUGGUAUAAAUAUAAUUGAUACUUAUAGCAUUAUUGUUCUACAAGCACUUGUUACUCAUUUUGCAUUCUGAUUCCCAUAUGUGCCUAAUACACUUUGUGCAUGUUUGAACUGUAGCAUUAAAGCCCAAUCCAAUUUAGUUUUACAUUUCAAAUAAACCAUUUAAUCUUAAUUUUGAGUUAAAAUAUUUUCGAGGAUACAUAUGUGUAUGUUGCUUUCACCUUUUAUUGCUUGUUUGAUCGUCCGAUUACAAAAGUACCUUAUCAGGGUCGUUCUGAACUCAUUUGAUUAAAUUUCCAAGAAUUUGUCUCUGCUUCUCAUUCAAUUUACAUUGUUAGUAAUUAAGAUAAGUCAUCAAUUUACAUUUGCCAAUUGAAAAGAAUUUCAGUUUAAGAUGGGUUUUUACACA